AUGAAGGAGUAUCUGAACAGACUGGGCAAGCGGAGUACACCAGAUGUGACUCCUGAUGUUAAGGAAGGCAGCAAUGAAACAUGGAAGAUAUUCCAUGACUUCAAAUUUAAAAUAGCUCAAGCUGUUGAAGAUAUGAAGACUCGCUCAGUAGAAGAGACUAAAGAAAAAUCAAUCCCAAGAGAAAAUUCGAUAUCGGAUUCGGAGGAGAAUUCAGCAAUCAAAGAUUCAGAUCAGCAGAGUGUUGGAGAUACAGACAACCAGGUAUCUUCUCUAGACAGCAGUAUACAGAAUUUGUCAGAGAUGACGCAGCCUUUGACGGCUAAGGCGACUGAACGAGAUCCAAGUCUUCCUGUUGAUAGCAAGAAUCACUCGGAUUCCAGCGACGAUACACACAAGAAUUUAGCUAUGUACAACGACGACUCAGCAGAAUUGAGAAGAGAUUUACUAAAUGACAGCCUAAUGGAAGUGGAAUCAGGGAUUGAGGCUCUUGAAGACACUAUAGAUGGGUUCGGUGACAUUCACAAUGUGGAACCGCAAAUAUCAAGUGGGAAGGACCCAAUACCACCGCCCCUAACACCGGCGAAUUUUGGCUCGCCCCCAAGCAAAAAUAACAUGAAAGCUCCAAAAACCAGCACCAAUUCGAGUUACUUUUUCAACUUUUUUAUGUACUUCCUAACAUUCCUGAUUUUCAUUAGCUAUAUUCUGUUUCCUAAUUCGAAUAUUUGGAAUGGUUUCGUGCUUGGUCUAUGGUUCUUUUGUUUUAUGAGUAAUUUGAAGAGCUGGGUGCUAGACACGUAUUUCAGUGACACAGACUCAGGUUCGAAACUCUAUCAACUGAGGCGAAGUAGCGCAAUGCCGCCUCCUUAUACGAUACCUUCGGUGAAGGAACAUAGGCCUAUUAAGAAAUACGAGAGUUGGAUUAACCACUACAGGGUACCGGAUUACGACCCGGGAACAUACCACAUUAACAAAACUACGACGGCAUUUAUGAAGCUCGAAGGAUGUAAUCUAAGGAUAUCGUACACUUCCACUAAAAUACCAAAGAGGGCGCUUUGGGAUGAGAAAAUAGAAAAAGUUUCGUUCUACCAACAUAGGCUGUAUAAUUUGACUGGAGCACGAGUGAUAUUGCUACCUAAAGGACUUGUUAAAAGGAGACAAUGGAGCAAGAAAUACCCAAUAUGUGUAAUACUAAGCGACAAGGAAAAGAUUCAAGUAUUAGAAAAAGAAAGUUCGACGGCGGAUAAGAAAGCAACGGAAGCCAGUUCUUCUGAGAAGAAGAAGGAACCACAACAGCCGCAACAUGAGAUGGAGACGGAGACUAGUACUAGCCCUGAGAAGAAACGCAAGUUUGUAUGGAGAAAACGAGAAAAGAAUAUUUCACAUACCGACGGCGAGCCAGGCAAAGAGGGGCUCAGACAUAGGCUCGUUAGAAAGAUGCAUAGAGACAAGAAGACAGACACCGUAUCAACAGCAACGGAACCAGUGGAGACGCAAAGCCAGAGUCAAGUCAAAACAGAGAAGGCGCUGUACGUCGAUGACUCCUUCCAUGAUCAAGAGGUGGAACUCACGUCGCACUCCGUCACCAGCACUAAGGACGAUAACGACGAGGAUAUUGAUGAAACUGAGCUGUCCAAGAUCAAGGAGUUCUUGGAGGAGACUGAACUGGAUGGAGGAGCGGACGGUACGAGUGAAGGAGAGUGGAGCGUGCACGUUAAAUCAUCUACGGACAAGCACUCACACCUGUACCUGUUCGCCAGGACGGGGCGGGAUAAGCACGAGUGGUAUCGUCGCUUAGUACUGGCUAUAAAAGAAGCCAACGCGAAUUCAACGGAGACGUCGAUGGCUGAGGACAAGACGGGCAGCGAGUCUGCAGAGAGCAAGGAUAACAUCGAGCUGGCUGUCUACAAACUCACCGAGAAAGAAACAGUUGCUUUCGCAAAAUCUUCUAGCAAAACUCCAGACUCGUUUUCAGAAGGAGGCGGUGUGACAAUCACGUCAAUGGCGCAGCCUAUCUCAUACGAAUCAGACUACGAUAAGACUUUUUGGCCUUACCUCGUGAAAAUCAUUCAGAGCAAGAGUACGAUAGAGUGCACAUGCCGCAUGCUUCCGGCGGAAGUGACGUGGGUGAACACAAUAUUAGCUCGGAUCAUGUACGACCUCAUGAGGGACCCUGAAAUACUCAGCAAACUGCAGGACAAGAUACAGAGGAAACUUAAUACUCUCAAGCUGCCAUCGUUCAUGUCCCCGCUGGUAGUGACGGAGCUGUCCCUGUCGGGCGCGUGUCCCAUGGUGGAGCGAGUGCUGCCGCCGGCGUGCGACGCGCAGGGCGUGUGGCUGGACGCCGACCUCCGCUACGACGGCGGCGCGUUCAUCGCCAUACUCACUCAGAUCAACCUGCUCAAGCUCAAGGAGAAAAAUAUAACACUGGAGGAGCAGUUGAUGGCAACCAGCGACACUGGCUUGGAGAGUGACCUUCAGACCGAUAACGCUUCCGUCGGAUACUCGUCCCAGGCGUUACGGUUAAUGAAGCCUGCGAUAUAUGACUCCGAGGUGGAGGACUCCGCGGAGUCGAGCAGUGACGACGAGAGUCCGCCGGUGCAACCGGUAGACAGUAACGAGACUCUUAUUGGGUCUGAGUACGGUUCACUAAAUAAUGCGCCCGAGGGGACGUCCUCUAAGAAGAAGUUCUUGCGCAUGGUCGACAAGAUAGCCACCAACAAAUACUUCCAACAGGUGACGGACUACAAGUACGUGAAACGUGCGAUGGAAGGUCUGUCGAACACAGACAUCAAGCUACACCUGGAGGUGCACGCCUUGGAGGGACGACUCGCCCUCAACCUGCCGCCGCCGCCGCAUGAUAGACUGUGGAUCGGGUUCCGUUCAAACCCGCAACUAUUAGUGAAGGCCCGGCCGGCAGUCGGCGCCCGUACUCUCCGCUUCGCUCACAUCACGAACUGGAUCGAACAGAAACUCAGCAAGGAGUUCGAGAAGAUUCUAGUUCUACCAAAUAUGGAGGACAUCAUCGUUGACGUUAUGACUCCCACACCCGUGCAGUUCGAGUGA